UAUGAAAAAUUACGCUGAUGUCAUCUGGCGCUUGAUUACUCCUGAGUGCAAAGUGGGGGACUGUCAAUGAAUUGCAACUGCAAACUCCAGUACAUCGCAGUUCUUCCGCGUGAUAAUACCGCAAAAGAAUGGACAUUUCAUGGACAAUAAUUCUGGGCAGCAUAAUCGGCUUGCUGUUCCUGCUAAACUAUAUCUUAUCGAGAGAAAGAAAUUUUGCGAAAUAUGGAAUGCCUUUUGUUCCAAAACAUUCUAUCUUCUACGACAUCAUUCAGGUUCUGCUGAAGAGACUCUCUAUCGUCAACCAAACUCUGAAAGUUUAUUGGCAUGAUGAUGCCGCAAAGUACAUCGGCUACUACGAGUUCUCCAAGCCUGUCAUCAUGAUCCGUGACCCUGAACUUCUGAAGAGCAUCACAGUGAAGAACUUCGAGCACUUCGUGGACCACCGUAGCUUUGGCGACCCUGAAAUAGAGCCUCUGUUCAGCAACAACUUGUUUGUUCUAAAAGGCGACAAGUGGCGGGAAAUUAGGACGCUGCUGACUCCUGCUUUCACUUCUGCAAAAAUGCGUGCCAUGUUCAAGCUGAUGUCUGAGUGUGCGAACAAUUUUACCGAGUCGUUGUUGGAACAGAUCCAAAAGACCAACGAGUUCAACUCGAAGGACAUCUUCAGCCGCUACACUAAUGACACCAUCGCAACCUGCGCAUUUGGGGUCGCCGUAGAUUCAAUGAAGAAGCCGAAGAACGACUUCUACGUCCUGGGUCGAAAAGCCACCAACUUCGAAGGAAUCCAGAUGCUGAAGUUCAUUAUCACGAUGAGCUCCCCGAAGCUGGCCAAGUUUCUCCGCUUGAAGCUCUUCAAUAAAGAAGUGGAUUCGUUCUUCCUGAAACUGGUCCGUGAUACUAUCACAACGAGAGACGAGAAGGGGAUUCACCGACCGGAUAUGAUUCAGCUGAUGAUGGAAACCCGGAACCAGGAGCCAGGAUCCAAGAAACCAGAGCUGUCAAUCGAGAAGAUGACAUCCCAGGCCUUCAUUUUCUUCUUCGCGGGCUUCGAUACCACUUCAACCUUAAUGAGCUUCGCCGCCCACGAGAUUGCAGUGAAUACUGAGGUCCAGAAGAGACUCCAGGGAGAAAUCGACGAGGUUCUGGAGAGAAGCGAUGGGGAUCCAAGCUACGAAGCUAUCAAUGCAAUGCAGUACCUUGAAGCAGUCGUUUACGAAGCGCUGAGACUGUAUCCAGCUGCCGUCGCGGUAGAUCGCGUGUGUACCAAGGAUUUCGAACUGCCUCCUGCUGUUCCGGGAGCCAAGCCUUACAUGGUCAAAGAAGGAGACGCGUUGAUCCUUCCCAUGUGGGCAGUUCACAGAAAUCCCCAAUACUUUCCUGAUCCGGAGAAGUUCGAUCCUGAGAGAUUCUUGGGGGAUAAGGAAGCGCUUCACAGUCCGGCGUACUUUCCUUUUGGAGUUGGACCCAGGAUGUGUAUUGGAAACAGGUUUGCCAUUUUGGAGACCAAGGUUCUGUUCUUCCAUCUCUUGGCCAAGUGCACCAUCAAACCUGCUAAAAAGAUGAAAUUGCCAAUGAAGAUAUCCUCGAGUUCUGUCGCUGUCACUGCUGAAGGAGGAUUUUGGCUGGAGAUUCUUGCCAGGAAAGGUGUAUAGUUAGUGAAGUUUAAGGGUUGGUGCAUUAAAGUGUUUGUUGGAUGUGUUUAUGAAAUAUCUUAAUAAUGUUGGAAGCUAUCAAGUUUUUAACUAAUUUAUAAGUGCUUUUGUAAAAAAGUGAUAAUAAUCACUUCAGCAAUCGAUUUUUCAAUUAAAUUUUUAUAUACGCAAUAACUUUCAACCUUCUGUGUAAAAAAGUUACAUUUGAAGGUGAAACUAAUCAUUGAUCACUAAAAAAAGAUAAGAAAAAAGAAAUAAUUCUGAUAGCAUAAUUUUUUAACCAAUUAUCAAUUAAGGUUGAUGUCAACAAUAAAGAAAUAUAUUUUUUCACAUAUGUCA